AUGGGAGGCCCGCCCCCCACAGAAGCCCCGGCUAUCGAGGCCACGCCCGUGGUGCAGGCGGCCGCGGGCCCCGUCGCAGCGGUCGCCGAGGCGGUUUCCGUGGUGCAGGCGACCGCUGCGACGGUUUCCGUGGUGCAGGCGCCCGUGGUGCAGGCGACCGCCUCGGAAACCGUCGCUGCGGCGGUUUCCGCUGGCCCGCCCGUUCAGCGGCCGAGGGGCCGCGCGCCGAACGACGAGAGCGGGCGGCCAAAGGUGUGGAACCCAAACUUGGCCUGCUGGGUGACGGAGGAGCGGAAGCGGCAGCGCAUCGAUGCGCUGCCGUAUGGCCACAUCCCUGUCGAUGAUGCGCUCGAUGCGCUGGAGGUAGAGGUCGCGCGGAAGCGGCAGGCGGAGCCGGGAUGGCGGCUAAUGAAGAGUCACGAGAUGGCGGCGCCAUGGGGCGAUCACAGGUGGAAGGCAGGGCAUUGGGUGAUGAGCCGCUCGGGCGAUCGCGAUGAAUCGAGAGCGAGACGCGCCAAGAUGACCGAGCGGCAGCGGGAGCGACUCGACGCGCUUCCCUACGGCGGCGCGGCGGCGAAGCAAGUCCCGCUCGGAGGAGCUGCUGGAGUGUACCAGCCGCCCGCCCCCCAGCCGCAGACGACAGAGGCGGAGGGGCUGCGGCUGCACCUCUCCAGCCGCAACGCCACCGGCUACAAGGGCGUGAAGGCGGCGGACGGGGACCGCUUCACGGCGCGGCACGGGGUGGACGGCAAGGAGACCGUCUCCCUCGGCACCUUCGCCACGCCGGUGGAGGCGGCGGUGGCGUACGCGCGGGCGGCCGGGCAGGCUCCAGCGGUGGCCGCGGAGGCGGAGGGGCUGCGGCUGCACCUCUCGAGCAGCAGCGUCACCGGCUACAGGAACGUGUUUAAGAACCAUUCUAAAUUCGUCGUGAGGCACAAGGUGGACGGGAGGAAGGUCUGCCUGGGAGGAAGGUCUUUCGACACGGCGGUGGAGGCGGCGGUGGCCUUCGCGCGGGCGGUCGGGCAGGCGGAGGCGGCAGGCGCGCAAGGGCCAGUGCGGGCCGCAGCGGCGGAGGGCGCAGAGGCGGCGGAGGGCGCAGAGGCGGCGCAGGCGGCGGCGGAGGAGCUGGAGAGGCUCGAGCUGCGGCAGGUGGUCGACCGGCUGCUCGCCAACGUCGAGCGGAGGGUGGCCACCGAGGCGUGGCAGGCGAAGUGGCAGGCGGAGCGGCAGGCGGAGCGCGAGGAGCGCCGCGCGCAGAAGUCCGCCCUCAUGAAGACGGGCUCCGACAACGAGGCGGCAGCGGCACUCCUGCGGGUGGGCAUUGUGGCGGAGGCGGAGGGGCUGCGCUUGCACCUCUCCAGCCGCAGCAGCACCGGCUACGCAGGCGUGCGCGAGGCCCGUACUCGGGACCAGAGGAGGUGUCCCGCACUUCUCGUGCGCCGUUACUCGAAGCGGGCGACCUUGCCUUGCCGCUUCGAGGCGCAGCGCAAGGUGGGCGGGCGGGUGGUCUCCCUCGGCACCUUCGAUUCGGCGGUGGAGGCGGCGGUGGCGUACGCGCGGGCGGUCGCCGCCGCCGCCGCCGCCACUGCCGUCACCGCCGCCACUGCCGCCACCUCCACCGCUGCCGCCGCUGCCACUGUCGUUGCCGCCGCCGCCGCCGCCGACGUGCUCGAGCCUCCACACGGACUGAGGCUGGAUGCUAGCGCGGCGGGUCGCGCCGAGGAGACGGCGGUCGUGCUCUCUGGCAUGGACUUGCCGUCCCACGGCGGCGAGGGCAGCGCGGAGUCCGCCGUCGUGCAGACGGACUCCGACAAAGAGGCGGCAGCGGCGCUCCUCCGGGCGGGCAUUGUGGCGGAGGCGGAGGGGCUGCAGCUGCACCUCUCGAGCAGCAGCAGCAGCGGCUACAAGGGCGUGACCAAGCGCGUCUCUGGCCGCUUCGAGGCGCAGCGCAAGGUGGGCGGGCGGGCGGUCUCCCUCGGCACCUUCGAUUCGGCGGUGGAGGCGGCGGUGGCGUACGCGCGGGCGGUCGCCGCCGCCGCCCCCGUGCUGAUGGACUCCGACAACGAGGCGGCAGCGGCGCUCCUGCGGGUGGGCGUCGUGGCGGAGGCGGAGGGGCUGCGCUUGCAUCUCUCGAGCAACAACAGUACCGGCUACAGGGGCGUGUGCAAGGUCAAGGGCCGCUUCGUGGCCGCUGACCAGAAGGGCGGGAAGAAGGUCUCCUUCGGCUGCUUCGGCACGGCGGUGGAGGCGGCGGUGGCGUACGCGCGGGCGGUUGGGGAGCGCGAAUAA